UCACCUGGAAUCAUCUGGACAAUUUCGUAAAUAGGACCGUGUGUGAAUAUAUGUAAAAUGAGCGAGCAUACACAUAUAUACACCUUCCAUGAUAAAACCCUCGCUGAGAGAUUGGAGGAGUAUACUAACAUACUGUCCGCACAAGGGAGAAUAGUGCCCGCCUCGAGCAUUCGAACGGAAUGGGUCUGCGACGUGGAGCUCGUCAUUGAGCCGGUCGGCUGGCAGGCGUUGUGGAAGAUAUCGCGUAUGACAUGCGAGAACUAUGGUAUUCGUUAUCCAACGAUUGUGAAGGUGGAGGUAUUGGGGAUGGAUUUCCCAAUGUUGAACGCUUUAGUGAAGAUCACAGCUGUUCAAGAUGACAUACAUCUACCCGAGAAGCAUGAAGUGUCACUGGUUGAGUUGUAUCCUACUAUCGAUCAGCAAAACCACAGCUUGGAUAUAGUAGGUACUGCACAUUGCGUGGAUCGACUACGAUUUUUCUACAAUUACCUGUGGAUGCCAUGGGAUGAGGACGAGGAUGAUGAUAUUGAUUGGGUGGAGCAACAUCUGGAGCGUAGGAUCAGAUUGUACUUUGACAUGAAUAACGGAAUUAUCAAUAAGGAAACGUGUGACAUUAUUAAGUCAUUAAUCAGUGAAGGAAAGGAGAUACAGAAGAAAAUUUCAACAUGUGAAUCUUUGUUACCAGAAGAUUUUCAGGAAGAUGAUAUGCCUGAAGAGCUAGCACAGGAAACAUGUACCUUGAUGAAACUCCACUUUCGACUUCAGCAGAUUAAAGCAGAGAUGGACCUAUUGGAAAAUCCUUCGUUGAGAGGAUUGCUUGGGAAGAAUCAAUCAUAUAACAGAAGAAAAAAGCGCAGCGAUAACGAAAAUGGGAAAAGCGUGUAUUAUUUUGUGUGGUUGGGUGGCAUUGUGAAAGAACUCCAGGAACUUUCUAACAAAAUUCAAACGAUGUUGCCUGAGGAUGCACCUAUUAAAAUAUGUGGAUAUUUGGAUGAUGUUAUGGAGAUAUUUGAGACAGGCGAUACUAUUUUGUUAGGUGAAGGAAAUUAUUCGAUUAAAGGUUCCACUGGAUUACAAGAAGGAGGUACAAUUAUAGGAAUUUCUAACACAGAGAACACUAUAAUUUCUCCACAUGACACAAAUAUGUCAUCGUCUCUAUUUGAUUUUUCUGGCAAUGAGAUAUUGUUGAGGAAUGUCUGCAUCGACUUGGGAUUACUUCAGGCAGGCAUAAUUAUCAGAAAAGACUGUACUGUAAUUGUAACUGGUUCUAGAAUACGUGUCUCUAAUGUCACUGCAAAUAGUAGUGCUAAAUGGGGUGCAGUUGUUAUGCCAGGAGCGAAAUUAGUACUUGAAAAUACAAUUUUUCAAGAAUUAGGUACAGCGAUCAUUAUUUAUGGAACUGGUGAAGUUGUUAUGAAUAAUUGUCAAUUUGAAAACUGCUCCGAGGGUGUACGGCUCAAUGACAAUGCACGUUUUACUGCAACCAAAUGCUCUUUCGAGAAUAUUGAGAGCGGACAUGCUGUAGUGAUGGAAACUGAGAAAAUAACUCGUUCGGAAAGCGUGGACGUGGGAAGCGAAUUGAGCAGUGUGUCUCUUAAAAAUAUCUUUUUAAAUGAAUGUAAAUUUUUCAAUAAUCACAAAGGGAAUAUUAUGUUGAGACCAAAAGACACUGCCGCUCUUAUACAUAGACAAAUUAAUGAUACGACAGAAGAAUCAGCAUGUAAAGAAGCUAUGGAAUUAUGAGUUUCGCAUUAUCUGUCGCAUUAUAAAUUAAUUUUAAAAUCAUUACUAUCCUUUUGAUACAAAGU